CCGUGCUGCGCCGCCUGCGGGAGGCCGAGGAGGACCUUUGGAACUCCGAUUUCUGUGAUUCAGCACUGGAAACCAUCACCCAGUGUCUUAGAAAACAGCUGGAGCAGCUGCAGGACCUAAGGGAAGCCCUUGGAAGGCUGACCCUCAGCUCAUCACCUGGUGGGUCGGGAGAGUCCUCAGCCAGGAGCACUUCCCCUGUGAGGUGUGUGUGCUAUGGUCUUGGGAACUUCGCCUCUAGUGUCACUGCUCGGAGCCAGCUCGCUUUUAUGCUUCUUUUCCUGGAGAAGUGCCAGAUCCCCAGAAGCCACUGCCAGGUCUAUGACCCUCUGUUCAGCCAAGCUGAAGUUUCAGUGCUCACUUCCCUCGGUGUGACUGUCCUCUGUGAGAAUGAGGAAGGCAAGCGCAGCACCCAAGGCCAACCCACCAUCUUCUACAUGCCACAUUGUGGCACAGCUCUAUACAACAAUCUGCUGUGGAGCAACUGGUCCAUAGACGCCCUUUCCAGGGUGGUCAUCAUUGGGAACAGUUUCCAGUGCAUCGAGGAAAGGUUGUUGGCAAGGAUUCUGCAGAAAAAUUAUCCCUACAUUGCAAAGAUUGUGAAGAGCCUGGAGGAGUUCCCACUGCCGCAGACUCCACGCUACAUGGACACCUUUAAUGACACUUCUGUCCACUGGUUCCCUCUGCUGAAGCUGGAGGGACUUCCCAGGAACCUGUGGGCAUCUCAGGAAGAACCUGACUACCAGGACUGCGAGGACCUGGAGAUCAUCAGGAAACAGACAGGCAGCUCAGCUGGCAUAGCAGGACAGUAUCUGCCACCUGGGCCAGGAGCCAUGCUGCAGACCAUGCCAUCUCCUUUGCCAGGCAAGAAAUACAGCCCAGCUGCUGGUAUCACAUCACAUUCUGCUCUGGUGGCCUGGUCUCCCAAAUAGAGACAUUGUUUGUAAAGUCAGUUUAAAGUGCUGUUUAUUCACACCUGACUGGUGCAGGGCCCUGAUGUCUACUUGGCCAUGUCUAUGAGGCUCUGCAGGGAGGUGGGCACCCAAGUCUUCUCACCCUGCACAAAUACCACACCCCGGUCGAUGUAGAUGACAAUCCGGCCAAAGGUGUAGAGCUGUUUGCCCUCAUGCCGCUUGCCAAUGACAGGCAUGAACACAAUGUUGUGCUCUUCUGCCUUGGUCUCAAUGAGGUCCUUGAAGUUCAUAGGCACAGAGCUGGCAGCCACACCGAUGCCCCUCUGAGCCAUAUUCUCAGCCUCACGGCGUUCCUGCAUGGCCUCAUACUGGAAGUCCUUCCUGCGCUCCGUGUGGGUGAGGUAGGCAAUAUUCUCUCGUGCACCUGGCUGCAUGUAGGCACCUGAGAGAGGGAGGACAGUGAGGAGAGGUGACCCCAAAUGUACAGAACCCAACAUGCAUUAUGAUGGCAUGGUGUGUCCUCUGUUUAAGGACCCAGGCACUAAUACAUGGUCACUGCAUAAUUGAAGAGAGACAUAUCACAAAAUUGGUACAUGAACUUGCAGCUAAUAUCAAAUGCCAGAAGCGAAUCUGUUAGUAUCGGAUGAGAUGUGGACAAGGGCUGGGCCCAGAGGUGGCCUCCCGAAAUCACCACCCACAAGGUCACCUCAUAGUCUAUCAUGGCCUUUGCUGCCUCUACUUUCCCCUUGUCCACAGUGGCUCCUGCCCUCAAAGAAUGGAAAUCGGGGGUUGGAGAUUUGGCUCAUUGAUAAGGAGUAUGUAUUGUGCUUGCAGAAAAUCCAGCUUGAUUGCCAGCACCCACUUCAGAUACCCACAACUAUCUAACUCCAGACCAUGGGAUCUGAUAGCCUCUUCUGGCCUCCCCUGGCACUGCACUUGUGUGUAUUACGUGAGCCACGUAGCAAUGUGACUGUGCUGUAAUACAGCAAUCCUGGGCCCCCAACAGCAAGCAGUGAUACACAAGGACCUGUAGUGAUAGAUCUGCCUCCACACCUGCAACACUGACCACACCUUUUAGGCGUGGCCAUACAGGUUUGGGGUCAGAAGCCCCUUUGGGUCACCAGAGCAUCAGGGAGCAGAAACGCUACAGCAGUUACUUACUGUUUUCCGUGUUUUAAGUUAUUUACUAAUAAACUCCACUUAAUACUGGU